AGGGAACAGCCGGGUAGGCGACAGUUUCAAAUGUAAUUACUUGUUUAUGUUCUUAAUGGGAAAUCACGGAUGAACGCACUUUGUUUUCCCUGAAUUUUAAAAACAGGCCGUAAAGAAUGGCUGGCCGGGUCAGAGGUCUGCGGACAUCAGUCACCUUCCGUUUACACUUGUCAUAUUGAACACGACAAUUUGUACAUGUCUAUAGUACGAUGUCCACCGAGCAGCCAUGGAAAAAGAAGUGAUUGUUUUACUGAGCUUGGUAGCGAGGCUCUGUAGUUGGGUUGAAUGUGAGGGGGCGGACACCGAGGUUAUUAUACUGGACCAGAGCCAGUCCUGGGGGGAUGGACACAGAGAGUGUCACGACAGAAACGGUUCACUGCUCACCCAGGAGGAAGCCGAGUCUGUGGACUGGAACACGAUGUUUAACGGCGACCAAUCAGAACAGGAGUUGUGGACCGGGAUGCACCAGUACCAGUCGGAUUGGUUGGGCGCCAUUGGAUGGGUUCGCGAUAGCAGUAUAAGGAAUGUCGCUGGAGUUACUUUUGAGAUGGAUAUCUCGUCUCCAGGCGCUUGCCAAGAGUUAUGUCGAACGUCAUUGUAUGCAAUAACGAAUGGUUCGACUUGUCUUUGCAUACCUGACAGCAAUAAUCAAGCCUUCACUAUAUACUCGAACAGAGCGUCAAGUUGGAAGCAGUGUGAUAAUUCAGAGACACCAAAUACCUGCGGAGGAAAACAAAUUGACUAUGACAUUGCAAGUCUGUACGGGGAUCUAGAAUACGUAUUACAAGGUGUGACCGUCAGCGAAACAGACGGGCACUGUGCCACGGCAAGAUGCAGUUCUACGUCAGGUUCUCCGACAGUCCAGGGCUAUGACUGUCAGGCAAACCUCCCAUAUAAUUGUGAACAAUCAACUGAAACGAGUCGCAGUACCUGGGACCAAGCCUAUGAGAGCUGUUUGACCGUCUCUUCUCUCUAUGUCACUCAAAUAUCAUGGUGUUCAACAUUUGUACAAACACCCCGCAUGGCAAGAACAAGUUACUGGGUUGGACUAAAGAGGCAGAACUAUACACGGAGCGACAGGGGCGACGUCGAAUUCAACUCGGUUCAAAAAUGUCAAAGCUGUAACACUUCCGGAAGUUGUGAAUUUCAAACAGAUUGCCAAAGCGUCAAAAAACUGGUCCCCUGUAAGGUCCCCGCUUCAGACACACCAACAACCACGCUCCAGACAAUAUACCUAGAAACAGCGGCAACAACCUCUGAUCAAUCAACAAGGGAGAUAAUUUCGGCAGUAAAAACCCCAGAAGAUGACUUUCCCUUGCUAUUGGUGCUGUUUGCUGCGAUAGGUGGCGCUGUAGUGAUUCUGCUGCUGGUGAUUUCUGUCGUUACCUGUGUCAGAUUAAGAAGUAAGAGGAACAGAAAAAGAACUGACAAUUCUGUACCUAACGGUGGCGACGCAACGACACAGAGGCAAAACACUACAAAUGACCUUAACCUUAAAGAUUUAAACCACCGAGGUCAAGGAUAUUCAGACCGAGACACAUACGAUCACAUUGAAAGCAAAGGACCAACGAAUGGAAGAGGCGAAGGUUCAAAAUCAGACAACCAAAAUAUUUACCACCAUCUCCGGACGAAAACCGACCGGAGCGAUGAAUCCGAAAAUAACAUGUAUGACGUCAGUGGUGGGAAUGGUCGGAAUGGCGAAGAUAUUUAUAAUCAUCUCAGAGAAGGCUCAUCAAAUGAAUUACUGAGUGAGAACGAGUAUGACGUAGGAGGGUGUAGCGGUAAUGAGGACCCGGAAAUAUACAACCAUCUCCAUAGUGAUUCUUUUGUUGAAAAUUCUGACAAUAAUUACAACAUGUAUGGGGUAAACUAGUUAUCGUCUUUCUUAUGGUAAUGGUUUUAAACCCAGAGAGAGAGAGAGAGAGAGAGAGAGAGAGAGAGAGAGAGAGAGAGAGAGAGAGAGAGAGAGAGAGAGAGGAAUGAUUCUGUUUGUUAUGAUAAA